GGGUGACUACUUCCGGUGCUGUGAGGGCUCGGGGCUGACGCGGAGUAAUUCCUCUCCUGCAGUUACUUUUGGAUGGAAGUAUGCUCUUUUCCCAGUAGAAGAUGGUGAUCUUGGAGAAUGACCAUGGAGAAGGGGAUGAGUUCUGGAGAAGGACUACCUUCCAGAUCAUCUCAGGUUUCGGCUGUUAAAAUAACAGCUAAAGAGUUGGAAACAAAGCAGCCCCAUAAAGAGAAGCGAGGGGGCUUUGUGUUGGUGCAUGCAGGUGCAGGUUAUCAUUCUGAAUCCAAAGCCAAGGAAUAUAAACACGUAUGCAAACGAGCUUGUCAGAAGGCAAUUGAAAAGCUACAGGCUGGUGCCCUUGCAACAGAUGCAGUGACUGCAGCCCUCGUGGAACUUGAGGUGUACACACACAGUUACACUUCACGGAAAUGCAUCCAGCCAAGUGUCCAUGUUCUUCUUGUGAAGAGGCAGAGAAAAAUCACCUCUCCCAAGAAUUUCCACCUUCUGACCAAGGGAAAUGUGUCCUGAAGAGCUGUACGCAGAUGGGAGGCAACUUGUUUGCUUGUUCUGCUGCUAUAGAGCAUUGAGUUAAUUAGAAGACAGGCUGUGGGUGGCCAAGUGCAGACAAAGAAGCACCAGACAGAGCCCAGUUAGCCUGGGGCAGUAAAAGAUUCUCCUUUUACAAAUGCAGGAAUGGGAUCUAAUCUAAAUCUCCUGGGUGAAAUUGAGUGUGAUGCCAGCAUAAUGGAUGGAAAAUCCCUGAAUUUUGGAGCUGUUGGAGCACUGAGUGGAAUCAAGAACCCAGUCUCAGUUGCAAACAGACUCUUGUGUGAGGGGCAGAAGGGCAAGCUCUCAGCCGGCCGAAUUCCUCCCUGCUUUUUAGUUGGAGAAGGAGCCUACAGAUGGGCAGUAGAUCAUGGAAUACCCUCUUGCCCUCCUAACAUCAUGACCACAAGAUUCAGUUUAGCUGCAUUUAAAAGAAACAAGAGGAAACUAGAGCUGGCAGAAAGGGUGGAAACAGAUUUCAUUCAACUAAAGAAAAGAAGACAAUCAAGUGAAAAGGAGAAUGACUCAGGCACUUUGGACACGGUGGGCGCUGUGGUCGUGGACCAUGAAGGGAACGUGGCUGCCGCCGUCUCCAGUGGAGGCUUGGCCUUGAAACAUCCAGGGAGAGUGGGGCAGGCUGCUCUUUAUGGAUGUGGCUGCUGGGCUGAAAAUACUGGAGCUCAUAAUCCCUACUCCACAGCUGUGAGUACCUCAGGAUGUGGAGAGCAUCUUGUGCGCACCAUACUGGCUAGAGAAUGUUCACACGCUUUACAAGCUGAAGAUGCCCACCAAGCUCUGCUGGAAACUAUGCAAAACAAGUUUAUCAGCUCACCUUUCCUGGCCAGCGAAGACGGCGUGCUCGGAGGAGUGAUUGUCCUCCGAUCCUGCAGAUGCUCUGCAGAGCCUAACUCCUCCCCAAAUAAGCAAACGCUUCUGGUGGAAUUUCUGUGGAGCCACACGACGGAGAGCAUGUGUGUUGGAUAUAUGUCAGCCCAGGAUGGGAAGGCCAAGACUCACAUUUCCAGACUCCCUCCCGGUGCGGUAGCCGGACAGUCCGUGGCGAUUGAAGGUGGGGUCUGCCGCCUGGAGAGCCCAGUGAGCUGAACCUUCAGGCCGAACACAGAGCAUCUGAGCGGCAUUUCAGAACCCGAGCUUCGCAGGGUUUUAACCGAAGUUGGAUGUUUUAUCUUCCUCGUUUUAUAAUUCCUGUCACAGCCUCGUGCAUCGCUCGCGACACUAGUGCUGCUGUAGUUAGCGCUUGGUGACAUGCGCAUCUUGGGCAGAUGAGCGGGACUCUGUGUGUGUGUGUGCGUGCGUGUGCGUGCGCCCUUGCACACGCACAGUGCGUAUGCUUGCUUCUCCUUCGAUGAAAUAGAAACUCCUCCUCAUUGUGUAACCUCAGACCAAGAAUGAUUAAAUCAUCUUCCCAAAAUGUGUCUUUAACUGUUUACAAGUAAAACCUAAAGUUGCAGGAAACAUUGUUGAUUUCACGAAGAGGUACCAACUGUCUUUGAUAUAACAUGUCGGAACUGCAAUCUACUUGUUGAAAUGACUGACAGUGGCCAUGCUCCAUAUGAUAACAGUGCUAGUAACAAAGUGUUUUUGUUAGCCAGUUUAAGUGGAUCCUAUGGUAACUUAAACUGUUGUUCUCAUCCCUCAUAUGGGGCAUUUUUCUUUAACAAAGAAUGGUUUCAGUGAAACAAUCUAGCAGAGAAUUAAGGUCAGAACCUUUUUAAGUAAUAGUCUUAUUGAUAAAGUUUGUACUUCUUUCCUCAAGCUUUUCUAAGCUUAAAUACUGCAUAGCUUCGAGCUGUGUGUACUAUAUUAUGAAAGAAUAUGUAAAGAGAACAUACAGUAAUGCACAGUCCUUAAUUUGUGUAUAAUGGAAUGUUAUUUACAAUGUAACACUGUAAAUAAGAAAGCAAAAUUUAUGGGAAAAUUCAAUAUUAUCUUUGUUUCUUGUUUAAAUAUAUUUUUAAGAUAAAGGAACAAAAAUAAAAGAAACAUAUUACUGGGUAUAGUGUGUGACUCCUCUUCUCAGACUAAUAAAUUAUCUUUUGAAUCGUAGAUU